UAUGACCGUGGUGGGGUGGGGAGAGGGUGGCGGCCGGGCGCUGGUGCGACAGCCGGAGUGGAGGGCGCUGGGCACUGACUUGGCAUGUGGGAUUCGUGUCUGCUGGAGCUUCUUGAGCUGGAGCAGGGUCCCAGGCCUCUGCCCUUGACUCUUCUGGCACAUUUCUAAGGAUACUUGUGAAAGAUGGUGGAUCGCUUGGCAAACAGUGAGGCAAACACUAGAAGAAUAAGUAUAGUGGAAAACUGCUUUGGAGCAGCUGGUCAACCCCUGACUAUUCCUGGUCGUGUUCUGAUCGGAGAGGGAGUACUAACAAAGCUGUGUAGGAAGAAGCCGAAAGCAAGGCAGUUCUUCCUGUUCAAUGACAUUCUUGUUUAUGGCAAUAUAGUCAUCCAGAAGAAGAAAUACAAUAAACAGCACAUAAUCCCACUGGAAAAUGUCACUAUUGAUUCCAUCCAGGAUGAGGGAGACUUACGGAAUGGGUGGCUUAUCAAAACACCAACAAAGUCUUUUGCGGUUUAUGCUGCCACUGCUACGGAGAAGUCUGAGUGGAUGAACCACAUUAAUAAGUGUGUUUCUGAUCUGCUUUCCAAAAGUGGGAAGACUCCUAGCAAUGAACAUGCGGCUGUCUGGGUACCGGACUCGGAAGCCACUGUGUGCAUGCGCUGUCAGAAAGCAAAAUUCACACCCGUCAACCGUCGUCACCACUGUCGCAAGUGUGGCUUUGUUGUGUGUGGGCCUUGCUCUGAAAAGAGGUUCCUGCUCCCAAGCCAGUCCUCCAAGCCUGUGCGGAUUUGCGACUUCUGCUAUGAUCUUCUUUCUACUGGGGAGAUGACUGCUUGCCAGUCCACUAGAUCAGACUCCUACAGCCAGUCACCUAAAUCAUCUCUGAAUGAUGUAUCUGAUGAUGAUGAGGAUGAAGACAGUAGCGACUGAGGACCAGAUGUUUUUUUCCCAUGUGUUGCAAUUUGUUUCAAACCAUAUGGAGCUGCUUUUGGGGAAGUCUGUUGUGAGGUUCCUCAGAAAAAAAUCCUGUUCUAGCCAUAAAACAUGCCUGAAUAUCUUCAAUUGCAAUGUGCCUCAAUCUAUGAAUUCUCUAGACAAUAGGUUUUUCACUCCUCUGCAGGGAUAGGCUGUUGCAAAUGUUAUCAGAAUAUUUUCCAACUUAUACUUGAGCUGUGUCUAGGUUAGACUUUUGUGGAAGAUUGGAGAAUAAAAUGUACGUUCUUAAUUUAACAACCCAUACUUCCUAAUGCUUCAUAUUGCUGUGUUGUUAAGUGGGAUUUUUUUUCCCCGAUAUGGAGAGGAAAACUAAGCAUGCAUGGAACAGUGAUGUUUUGGUUGAUCCCUUAGACCAUCUUGUGUUUUUCUAACCACGGUAUGUAAUGAAUUGAAAUAUGACAUAACAUACAAUCUUAAAUGUCACAAAACUUGGAAAUUGUCUUGUUUUGCUCUUAUUUAUGACUUCCUAUGCCAAGCAGUGCCUUGUACCAGUUGUGCUGAUUCAGGAAGAAACACAUUUAUUGUCUUGUCUGUAUUUGCCUGAUGCUUAUAUCUGAGAGAUUGUUGGUGCUAUUGAAAAUAACUGCUGUGUUCAAAGUGGAGCUUUGACAAGGUCAUAACUGUACCCAGUGGUGGGUGAUGAAGACUCAAAUCACUCAGCCUCACCUGUGCAGGCAGACCCCAAGACUCCAUUGAUUCCCACAGGUUGCAGUGGGGUUCUCCUAACAGGAGUUGUAUUGCAGGUCAGGAUCUUGAGAUGAGAAGCUUAGGGUGGCUCUUCAUGGGGAUUUCUAUGUUUCAUUUUCAGAGCAGUUUCUAAGUUUCAGAUUUGGCAAAUGCAUUCUGAAAUUUUAGCUGGGUGACAGAGCAUUUGGAUGUGAUAGCCUAUAUAUUUUUGGAAAUAGCUCCCAAAAUAAUAAUAAAUUGUUUCUUAAAACAUUGAGGAGAGGGUCAGGUUUCCCCCCAUGCCCCAGGAAUUUUAUUGGCUUGUUUAGAAAGAGCCUUGUUAUUUUGAACGAAAAGCCUGCAGGUAUUCUUAUAAAAAUUGGCUUUCCUUUUUACACAGCUGACCUCAGGAUAAAUGUAAGAUGCUUGUUAUUUCAUUCUAAAUGUAUACCCAGGACCAAGAAAGAUGUAUUUAAGAACUGUAAUGAAGUCAUCAGUGCAGAAAAUAUCUCUGUGAUAAUAUUCAUUUUUUAUUUUUAAUAAGUUCUUGUAUACAGAAAUGUCAUGUUCCCAUAUAAAUGUCAAAGUUAGAUUUGCAAAGACAUGUUAAACCCCCAAAUACUAUGUUCCUAUAUUUUUAUAAUGGUAGUGUCAAUUUUGAAGCAGAAAGACCUCUUUGAAAUAGUUGUAUGAAUGUACAACUGACUUUAUAAAAAGUUACACUUUUAUAUCUCUGAAUGACAAUUUCUGCACUGUUUGCCUUGGUUGGCAAUAAUUGGGUUAAAUAUUUAUUGAAUAAACAAUCAAUGCUGCAUAUUGCACUAGUCUCCCUCUCUGUAUGCUGUAAAUCUCAGUCUAUAUAUAAAAAAGAGCCGAGCACUUCAGAGCUGUAUCUGUCUGAGAUUUCUGGUAGCUGAAGAUGCACUUAGCAUCUUUAGGGAGGCACUCUGCAGGACAUUGCUUCAGGUGAAAACUGCAUUAGUAUUUUUAGCUUGGGCAGUUUCUAAAUGUAAGCUUUUUUAAAAGCACUGAAGAGUACUUGAUCUACUUUGAAAUAAACAUAAAAAGGGGAAAGCUAGGGGUGGGGAAGACUGUAAAAUUGCCAGAGAAGCAAUAAACAAUUGUAUAUACUGAAAAAAGUAGCUGAAAUGAGGAGUUACCUUCACUUAUUCCUUGAAAGAUGAGGGAAUGGUGACUUCCAGCAGGGGAAAAUGGGCUAUUCUGAGAAGGCACUUCCGGAUAAUAGUGCUUACUUUUUGUACCUCUCAAUAUUUAUAUUUCAGGAAUUAGACUUGUAAGCCUAAGUUUUUAUACAGAAUCAAAGUACAAACCUCUCUGAUACAGACCUUCUGAUGACUAACAGUUAUUUUCUUCAAUGUGCAAUUGUUUCUUAAGCUGUCAGAUAUUAACUUGUCUUGUUAAAGGGUCUAUCUCUGUGUACUUUUCCUGUGUUUCUAUAUAUUGGGCUUACUUUUCAGCACUUUCUAGGGGGUGGGAAGAGGGUUGCUGAGAGAUCAUAUCCUAUAUUUUGCAGGAUGUUCUUGUACCUACUUCAAAUAUCUUUUUAUCUGUGAAUGAAACUUGCACUGUGCCACACUGAUCCCUGAAGCUGUAACCAAACCAACUUGUAUGUGUGGGAGUUGACAUCUGAAACUGAUGUAUGUGGUCCAAGCUUUUUGAGAAAGCAUUAAAAAAGGUGUUUUAUGGUAUUGCUCCUAUCCCUCAGUGAUAUUAGUUUAAAACUUUACAAAAUGGACUUAACAGUGACUUCUCUUGUACUUAAAUUCCUGAAAGGGCUUGUUUCAUACUUUGUAAUCUUGUUCUUUCAAAUUAUUUUAUUUACAAAUAUAUGGUAUAGCCUCAA